AUGACCAACACCCCAACGAUCAGCCACUCGUCAUCCAAGAGUAUCCUGACAACGAACCCCCCCACUAGCCAAAAUACCAACAAUGAGCCGCUCGAUGUCCGAGAUGCUGACGAGCAAACGCCCGUUGCCCCAAACACUAACGAUGAAACACUUACCGUUGAAUACACCGAUAACGCCAACAAUGAACGGUCCGGUGACCAACGAGAUCGCCAUCAACAAGCCCCUCAAGUCAAAGAGGAGGCACCAAGUUCAACUACACCGACAGAAUCCCUACCGCUAUAUCUGCAACCGCUCGAUGAAACCCUCGUAGACGACGUGGAAGACAACAAUCAACCGAGCCACAUCGCCGAAACGCCACAGCCUAUAUCGCUUAAUUUUGAGGGACGAAGCUUCUAUGAUUCUACGGACGAACCGUUCUCAUCGCCCGAGAUUGAGUCAUUCCAAAACAACGAAGCCAAACCAGAAAAUGCCACCCACAAUAAAGACCUCGACCUCCCCGAUAUAUCCGCAAAUUGUAAUGCCGCUGCAGAUGCAUCACUCCGCGACGAAGAGAUCGAGGAUGUCGAUAUGGAAAUGGUCGAAGGCUGCAGUUGA